CCGACCCUCAUCACUCUAUAGUUCUCUAUCCCUCAAAUAAUCUUUCAAUAAUCCUAAUAUUCGCAAAACAUCAGAGUACAAUGGCGUUGAUUCCCAGCUUCUUCAGCGGGGGCAGGCGUAGCAACAUCUUCGACCCUUUUUCCAUCGACGUCUGGGACCCAUUCGACGGCUUCCCAAUCGGAGGAGCAGUGGCCAACGUCCCCAGCUCCGCCGCUAAAGACGCCUCCGCCCUGGCCAACGUCCGCAUCGACUGGCGCGAGACGCCGGACGCCCACAUCAUCAAGGCGGACCUCCCGGGACUCGACAAGAGGGAGGUGAAGGUGGAGAUAGAGGACGGGCGGAUCCUCCAGAUAAGCGGGGAGAGCCGGCGGGAGCAGGAGGAGAAGGACGACAAGUGGCACCGCGUCGAGCGGAUCGUCGGGAGGUUCGUGAGGCGGUUCAGGCUGCCGGAGAACGCCAGGGUGGAUCAGGUGAAGGCGACGAUGGAGAACGGGGUUUUGUCGGUGGUGAUACCGAAGGAGCAGGAGAAGAGGCCCGAGAGCAGGCCUAUUCAGAUAUCCGGUGGCGGGGCGGAGGGAGGAGGGGUUUCGGGUGGAGCCACUGGUGGAGCGACGGGAGGUGGAGGGGUUUUUGACCGUGGAGCAACUGGUGGAGCCGGAGGAGGGGGGGUUUUUGAGCGUGACCGUCCGGCUGGUGGUGAGGCGACGGGAGGCGGGUUUUGAGGCGUUGGAAGGGUUUAGGGUUGUUUUGUAAGUGACUACAACUUGGCGUCAUGCCGUCGUGGAAUAACAGGGGAUGGGAUGUAGGUGGGAUCCUUAAGAGGUCUUUUUUCUUCCUUUUAUGUGUAGGUGGUUUUGUGUAGAGGGUGUAUUUUGUUUUCGGUGUGAAAAGGUUGUGUCUGGUUAAUUGUAUUGUACUAUGUAGUAGUAUGUUGUUCCUAUGUAGUGGUAGGUAUGAUGAAAUGGUUGGUUUUUGGG